AUGAGAACAAUCCCUGGAGCUGUCCAUGCAGUCUGUGCACUGCACCACGCUGCGCUUAUUAUGCAAUUCGAUGCGACGCUACGGGACGCGAUGCGCCACGGCAAGGAGAACGAUUCGCUCAAGAUCAAGAUGUCUAUUCGAGCUCUACAAUUCGGUCUAGUACGAGGCUUGCAUACGAGGAUCUUGCUGUGCACAGGAAAAUAUCUCGUGUUUGCCGAUGAAAAUAGUAUGAUGUACAACGUCGUCAGUUGGCUUAACUCCAACAUGACCAUCAAGUCUUAA